AAGAAGAAGAAAAUCUCGGUCGCCUUAUUUGGAGAGGCGCCAUUUUUUUCCCCCUGGCUGGAACCUCGGCGGCUUUUUUCCCCCUCUUCUCUUCUCUUCUCCUCGCUCUCUCUCUCCGCUCCCGGGUUUCGGGCGGCGACUGCCUCGCCUCCGCCCGGCGCCUUCCUCGCGCGCCCUCCCCCGGCUGACAGCUCCGACGCCGCCGCUGAGCUGCCAUGGCCCCGGCGCCCCUCCGGCACCCCGGACAAGCCCCGGGCGACUUUCGGGGGCUCCCGCGAGGGGCCUGGAUCGGGAUCGUCUGAGCCUCUUUUUGCUUUUUCCCCUCCGCCGAUCCCCUCCGGCGCACGGCGCCGCCUUUGCCUGCCUGCCUUUCCUCUCGCCCUCCGGCCGCCGCCCGACCCCCGGAUUCGGAGCUGCCUGCGCUUCGGGUUACGCGCCCCGCGGAUCCCCCUCCGUGCAAGGGGGGGAAAAAAAGGAAAGAGAGAGAGACUGAAGCAGAGCGCGGGAGGCGAUGGUUGCAGAGCUGAGACUUUUUGAGUUCCUUCUUGUGGUCCGACAUUUCGACCUCUAAGAAAAGCCAAGUGGAAUCUCGACUUCUCUUCUGGGGGGGGAGGGGAAGGAUCCCCUCGUCUUCAGCUCAGUCGCCUCUGCUCCUCCCCCCAUAAACUUUUCGGAGCCUGGGGGAUUGCUAUGGAGCCCAGGGAAAAUUUAGGCCCUUCCCGGCCGAGAGGAAAUGAGACGGACUUCUUGGCAUCUACUAUUGCUUCUGCCAAAGCUCCUUCUGCUCUUGGAGGAUCUGGGGAGAUCCUGCUCUCUACGUCUGGCUCUGCGAAAGGGAUCUCGGGGAGUGGGGAUCACCAUCGUAUGGAAAUUGAGGAAGAAGAUGAGCUUUGCUCCAGGAGGGAUGUGGAUUCGAUUUCCAACGCCGACAGCGAGAAGUGGGUAGCCGGUGACGGUCUGGAGGAACAGGAAUUCUCCAUCAAGGAGGCCAACUUCACCGAGGGAAGCUUGAAGUUGAAAAUCCAGACCACCAAGAGGGCCAAGAAGCCCCCCAAAAGCCUGGAGAACUAUAUCUGCCCUCCAGAGAUCAAAAUCACCAUUAAGCAAUCUGGGGAGCCCAAACUUUCAAGAGCUGGGAAAAACAGCAAAGCCUCCAGAGAAGAAGACCACUCUCACUCCAAAAAGAAGGGUUAUGACAGGCUGCAGAAACAUUCCGUGGUUCACUACGAUCCAGAGCUACCGCAGGAUUUCACCAGCGACACCUUAAAAUCACGGCACCAGCAAAGAAAUAGCAACCAACAUCAUCUCGACUGGUCGUUGACUUCUGAGUCUGGAUCGACUUCGCAAGCUUGCUUCGUUGCUCCGGAGUCAAACCGAGAAGCCAAUAAUUCCCCUAAGGUCUCGGGGUCAGAGGCUGGACUGUCGUUCAGCAAAUCCCAAGUUAAGAAGGCAAAUUCCAGCAGCGCCUGGGCUCAGCUGACCAGCGGCGGUAGUAACAAAGACCUUCCCUCUUGCAUUGCAACCCCGGGGUCAAACUCUCAUGGAUUAGCAUCCCAGUCUAACAAUCUGGUUGACUGCAGUGGAUUUUUGAGUCAAGAGGGAGGCGGACAAGCAGACCCCCUUGAUCAAACCAACACCAGCUCCAAGAAAAAAUCCAGUAAGAAAGACUUAAUCAACCAGACCGCCCCAAAUACAGACCUAGAAUGGGUGAAGAACACUCAGAAGUCAUUGGAAGCCCAACCCAAUGUCCACAUGGAUGGCAAAAAGGAACCCAGCGCAACCAAGCCGCCAUCGCCCCGACAGAGCCCAAACUCUGCCAACCUUUCUGAAAACGAUUCAAGCCACGUGCGAAUCACUAUCCCGAUCAAAGGUCCAAUAGGGGAGCCACCUGGUCACAAAAGGAAGAAAAGACAGUCAACCAAAGUUGCUCCCGAGAAGACGGAAAAAUCUCAAUUUUCUGGGCAACAUGUAAGCAGUGAUGGAGCCAGCCGGAGUAGCAACCAAACAGACUUGUGUAAGAAAGAUCCCCGGGUCACAAAGACAGGGAAAGCGCCUGAGAUCGAAUCUCCAUCCAUUGUACCCAUGGAAAAAAACGAGAUGACCAAUAAAUCGCCCUCGAGCAAUGCGACCAGGCUCAGAAAGGCCACAACCAUCACAUCCGUUUCAGUGACGAAUGAUAUCCCUGCCCUCAGCAAGCAUUCAGAGAUUCAGCACCCCAAAUUUUCAGCCAAACGAAGGUGGACUUGUAGCAAACCUAAAAACGAGUUCCGGGAACUUUCUCUGGGUCCAUCUGAGAAGCUGAUGAUAGAGCCUCCGUCCGCUUAUCCCAUAACACCAUCUAGCCCUCUCUAUACCAACACAGACAGUCUGACGGUGAUAACCCCCAUCAAGAAGAAGAGGGGCCGACCCAAGAAACAACCUUUGCUCACCGUCGAGACCAUCCAUGAGGGAACGUCCACCAGCCCAGUCAGCCCAAUCAGUCGGGAGUUCCCGGGUACAAAAAAAAGAAAGAGGAGGCGAAACUUGGUGACCCUGGCUGAGAUGCCUUCAGGAGAAGAACACUCGGCCAGUGAGUUGAAAUUUCACAAAAAGGUGGGCAAACUUGGUGUCCUGGAUAAGAAGACCAUCAAGACGAUCAACAAAAUGAAGACCCUCAAGAGGAAGAACCUCUUGAGCCAGAUCUUAUCGUGUUCCAGUAAUAUAUCUUUGAAAGCCAAAACCCAGCCACCGGCCACCUCGGGGACUCCAACGAUCGAUGCGAGGUUAGGAAAGCAAAUCAAUGUGAGUAAACGAGGGACGAUCUACAUAGGCAAGAAGAGGGGAAGGAAGCCAAGAUCUGAGUUGCAGUCUCCACAGGAAGACCCUAAGGCGGUCGUCAAACAUUCGAGGCCUGUAUCUAGCCAGCCCGAUCACCCAGCCGUGCCUUCAACCUUGCAGUCUCUCGUGACCUCUUCACCAGCAACGGUUCACCCGCUGUCCAUGCAGCUAGCGGGCUCUCACGACAACCUUAGCCCUGCCAGGACCGACACCAAUUUUUCAGAGUUAAAGACGAUGCCAAAUCUACAACCCAUCAGCGCGCUCCCCACCAAAACUCCAAAAGGAAUCCACAGCGGGACUUGGAAGUUGUCCCCACCCAGGCUCAUGGCCAAUUCUCCUUCCCACCUGUGCGACAUCGGUUCUCUGAAGGAAAUCACGCUGUCUCCUCUGAGCGAGUCCCACAGCGAAGAAACCAUCCCGAGCGACAGCGGAAUUGGUACGGACAACAACAGCACCGCAGACCAAGCCGAGAAGACUUCGGAAUCGCGUCGAAGAUACUCCUUCGAUUUCUGUAGUCUGGACAACCCAGAAGCCGUCCAAUCGGACACCAGCAGUAAAAACAGGCACAGCCACAGGCCGAAGCAUCUCAUGGUGGACAACUUUCUCUCCCACGAGUCCAUAAAGAAGCCAAAGCACAAGAGGAAGAGGAAAAACUUACAGAAUAGAGAUGACCUCCAGUUCCUGGCUGACCUGGAGGAGCUGAUCAGUAAGUUCCAAGUCUUCAGAAUUUCUCACCGAAGCUACACGUUCUAUCACGAGAAUCCGUACCCCAGCAUUUUCAGGAUCAAUUUUGAUCCCUACUAUCCUGUGCCAUAUAUCCAGUACGACCCAUUGCUGUAUCUUCGCAGGACCUCUGACAUGAAGUCUAAGAAAAAGCGCGGUCGGCCUGCCAAAACCAAUGACACCAUGACGAAGGUGCCUUUCUUACAAGGGUUUGGUUACCCUAUUCCCAGCGGGAGUUACUAUGCACCCUACGGAAUGCCUUACACAUCAAUGCCUAUGAUGAACCUGGGCUACUACAGUCAGUACCCGGCCCCGUUGUACUUGUCUCAUACCCUAGGCACGGCGUCUCCUUUCAUGAGGCCUACGGUGCCACCUCCCCAGUUCCAUCCAAGUUCUCACAUGAAGAUGCCCAACACUGCCAAGCAUAAAGCCAAGCACGGCGUCCACUUGCAGACGCCCGUAGGGAUGGGCCUUGGAGAUGUCCAUUCCUCAUUGACCUCUGCCAAGGUGUCGGGGACCAGUUUAUCCAGCAGCCGACUUCACAAAAGGAAACACAAACAUAAGCACAAACACAAGGAGGAGCGGAUAUUGGGGGCUCACGAUGACCUCAGCCGCCUCUUCGCAAGCAAGUCUCCCGGCUUCUCCAGCCAUUCGGUGGGGGAGAGGUUAAAUGUCUCCGAGAAGGACCUGUCCUUGUUGACCGAGAAAGGCAAACAGAAGGACAAACAGAAGCACCAGCACUGCGAAGCUGGACACAAGGGGUCCAAGAGUAGUUUUGAGGUGGACACCCUCUCUACAUUGUCGCUCUCCGACACUCAGCAGUGGGUCAAGGAUAAGAACAGCUCAAACAGCGAUGACCCCUGCCUGAAGAAAUACGGCGGGAGCACAGAGAGCGGUACGAGAGCCGAUGUAAUGGAUGUCUUUGGCGAAAUGAAUUCUGCUGGUGACAAGCGAGACGGGGACUCCAGCGGAGGAAAGAGAAGGAGCUUUGACGGAUUUGGGACCUACAGGGAGAAGGACUUUCAGACGUUCAGAGCAAGUAGGAAGGACAGGAACUCGUACGAUUCCUCAACUGUUUCAGGAAUGACCAGUUCUCACCUAAAAACAGACCAGGCUUUGCUCCAUAGUAAGAAUGAAUGUUCCGCUUCGACAGCAGCGACGCGUCGGAAACCCGCAGCUCUCAAUGGCAUUGCCACGUCUUCGACCCCAAUCUUAUCUCUCUUACCUUCUCCAACAGCAGCAGAAACAGCCAGCUCAACCCUCAAGAAGAGGUUCAAGCGCUGUGAAAUCGAAGCAAUCCAGUGUGAGGUACGUAAAAUGUGCAACUACACCAAGAUCCUCUCCACAAAGAAGAACCUGGACCACGUCAACAAAAUCCUGAAAGCCAAACGGUUGCAGAGACAAUCGAAAACGGGGAAUAAUUUUGUCAAGAAGAGGCGAGGCCGUCCACGGAAGCAACCCCCUUCGUUUGACGAAGACUCCGGAGACCAAAUGCCUGUGCUGGAGAAAUGCGUGGACCUGCCUUACAAACGAGGUCAGCGCCUUCUUCUGAACUCUGUGAUACUGGAACAGGCCAGCGGUCAAGAUCCAGUGGCCGCCACCAUUGAGGCGGUGGUCCACAUGGCUCGAGAAACCACUCCGUCUCCCCACCUCCCGGUCCCACCGUCACGGACGUCAAGAGCCGGAAAGCGGAAAAGCAAGUCGCAACCACAUCCAGAGGCUGAGGAGGACGAAGUGAAAGGAAAAAGGCAUCGGAAGAAUAAAGGAAGCGAGAACGAACACCUUCCCUAGUAUUUGACACGGUCAACAAAAGACAGAGGGGGAACGUUGAGCCAGUAGGCUGGAGCGGAAAAACUCUAGUUCACAUCUUCUACAGCAGGGGUCCCCAAACCUGGCAACUUUAAGACUUGUGGACUUCGACUCCCAGAAUUCUCCCAGAAUUCUGGGAGUCGAAGUCCACAUGUCUUAAAAGUUGCCAAGUUUGGAGACCUCUGUUCUACAGCAUCAAAUUUGCUCUAUAUUUCAGUAGCACAGCAGCCAAUUUCAUCCACUCAUCGUCCCCUUCCUCCUCCUCCUCAUCAUCAUCAUAACAAUAAGAACUCAACCGCGAUGGGAACCCCUCAAUUAAUAACAGGGGAGAGAGGGUACGGAAGACGUUCUUCAAACUUUUACUGAGUUUUGCUUUUUUUUAUAUUGUCGUUGUUCAGACAAGUCACCAUUGUUCUUAUGUCUCCCAGAAGUCCCCAGAGGGUAGGAGAACAUGGUGUCCUUACCAUUACAGUCAAUAUCUUUUCUCAAAUGAUGGUCCUUGCCCCCUUUUUUUGGUAGGUAACAUUGAAAUCACCAGCAACGUUUCUGGUCACCACUGGGACAACGAACAGGGAAAAUAUGUCUUUCCUGCCACACAGCUAUUAAAUCACAAGAGUUCUUGCCCAGAGGAACCAAGAUGUUAGGUUACAUCUGAAAAUCGCAUUCCCCGCCCCCCCCUUUUUUUUUUUCAAAAAAUAAUAAUUAUAAUGCAAAUUCUUUAAAUGUGCUUUUCCUUUCUAAAAAGGUUUCAUUGGGUCUGGAGAGAACAUGAGAAGAAAAUUUGUCUAGGCUGAUGGUAACCAAAUGUCUAACUCUAACCCAAUCUGGAGAGAUAUUUGCCGCUAAUUUUGAAAAGUGUUUAUUUUUUUCUCUUUCCUAGAGUGCCCGAUGAAAAGGAAAUUGGUUUUCAAAAUGAGUCAUGUAGGAAGAAAAUAAGGAACCAUGUAGGAUAGAUGAAGGGAGUCCUUUUAAACGUGAAGCGCUUGUGUUCGCCUCCCUUGAACAAUUGCUGCCGAGUGGGUUGUGCAUUUUCAAAAUGGGCGCCAUUGCUUGUCGAUUUGUUUGAAAACUUCAGUUUUUACUGUCCCAACUAAGUGCUCUGACGGUCGGACUGGCUGAUAGAAGCAAGAAUUUUCCAGCAGCUUCAGCUGGCUAGUAGAUUUGCAGAAAAAUGGAGACCCACCAAGGUGUCUUCAAAAAGAAAAAAAAUCAAGAUGGCGGUCACAACAAUGCGAUGCCUUUUUGUGUAUGCACACCACAUCAGUGCGUACACAAAAUAUGACCAUGGUGUGACCCUCAGCUGGGUUCUUUUGAUUCACCCGUGAAUGCCCUUAUAAGCUAUCGGCAAAAUAAAUAAAAACCAAUAGGAAUGUACAGUGAUGCUAUUUUCAAAAGGCAAAUGAAAAGGAUCCAAGAUGGAAAAAUAGAGAUUACUCAUAGCAAAUUUGUGCUAAUUACGAGAAACAUUUCUGCACGUUAUGUGUCUAGGGCUGUUGGGUUUUUGUUUUGUUUUUUCAAUACAGUGGAAAAAAUAAAUAAAUAGGAAAAGCCAUUUUGAAGUAAUAAUUCAACCAGAAAAAUCUAACAGAGGAAAAACCAUGUAAAUUUCUCAACGCAGAAUUUCUCAACGAAAAUUUUAAAAUGACCAAGUGUUCUUAUCUUAAAAAAAAGAAAUAAUAAUGUUUUAAAGAAAUCUAGAUGUUCAAAAGAUAGUGUUUGAAUUAAUGCCACUCUGCGGGUCUCUCCUUCCAAGGAGUGGUUGCCUUAAUAAAUUGAAAAAUAUUUGGGGUGGGGCUGUCCUGUAUAUAAUGUAAUUAUAAAGACGAAGGGAGAAAUCAAAUCUGCAUGGAACCCAACUUUUGUGUGAUCCAGUUGUUGUUUUCUUUUUAAAAUUGUCAUUUCCAAUUGACCAGAUCACCCUUUUUUCAUUGCGUUGUUGGCUUCGCUUUCUGAAGACAGAUUUGAUUCGCUAACUCAGUACGUUUGUGUUGUUUUGCAUUAAGCAGCAUAUUUUUACAUUGUCCUUUUAUGGCGUUAAUGAUCCUUCCCCUGACAAGAAAAGAAAAGCAAAACAAAGGAAGAUAAAAGCAGUUGUUGAUAACUUCCUUUCUGUUCUCCCAUUAAUUUUAUAAUAAUCUUAUUUGGGUGAGGGGAGGUGGUAAACCAAGCAGGGCAUAAUGUAUGCAAUAAGCUGAGUCUGAAGAUGUUUUAGCAAAACAAAAUAAUAAUAAUGAAAUAAGUCAAAGCAGUUGCUGAGUUUGGAUUCAGUAUGAGGGAUAACCUCUUCGGACUAUUUAGAACCAAAAAUUUCCCCUUCUUAAAAUUUGAUAAAUAAAUGAAUAACCAGUUCUAACCGGUUAUAUAACCAGUUCUAACUGGAACAGCUACCCUGAUCCUAAGGUUAUUUCACUGUUUUUGAAGCAAAAAUCUAUCUUUGCAACUAUUAGCAAGGCCUCCUUAGACCAGAAGUAUCCUAUUUUAAUUUUUAUUUUUUGAUCAGACAGGAUUCCUCAAGACUACAAAGCCCAAAGGGAACGGAAUCAGAUCUAAAACUAAAACCGAUCUCAUUCCAUUAAAAUGUCUUGUUCAAGUCUCCAUUAAACAAAUGCAAUUAAAAUCAUUUUCCCCAUAUGGUUGUAUGCCUAAGGUCACGUUUAUUAUUUUUUUUAAGUAACUUUUGGAAAAGUUUUGGAGGUUAUACUGAAAGCAGAGAGUGCCUUUGGAGAUUCUCCGUCAUCCAGGUCAUGGGUUGUCCCAAAGGUGCUUUUUUCAAGAGGCAGCUGGAUUUCCUUUGUUUUUCCUUGAAGAUGUUUCGCAUCUCUGACUGAUCUGUGGAGGUUUCUUGGAUCAGAAGAGAAACGUCUUCAAGGAAAAACAAAGGAAGUCCAGUUGCCUCUUGAAAAAGGCCUUUGAAAGCCGAGAGGUGCUCCUGGUUUUGCAUUGUGGAGUCUUUUAAAAUGUCAAGGAAGACAUCAACGCCAAACAGAGCUGGACUGGGUAACCUCAAAAGCUUCCUUCCACCCACCUCUGUGGUUCUAAGUGAUGAAAUGUCCUACAAACCACAGGGCCAACCUAUCUUUCACUGCCCACAUGCUCCACAUCCUCUUUAGUGUAUCUAUUCCCUCCAUGCUGUGAUUUGACAAAAAUUCUCAUAAGUCUUUCAAGGAGACGUUUCAUCAGCCCUAGCGAUGUCACCAUCUGGGUUUUCGUUCCCACAUUGCCAUAAUCCCGGUAAAUUUGAAGCAGAGCCAAACUAGUAUUUCAUUGCUUAGUUUUCCCUAUGUGGAUGCUACCAAAAUAGAUGUCUCAGAAGAAUGUCAUUUUUUUUUUAAGCGAGAUGGAUGGAUUGAUUGGGGUUGCUCUCUACCUCUGCACCAAAGAAAAUUGAUGUGAACUAAACAACAGUGAUAAUUAAAACAAAAAGACAGGUAAUACCUAUAGUAUGCCACAGCAAUUGUAGAUGAGGUACCCAAGCAAUGUAAUGAAGACCAAGAACAGGAAGAGCAACUUCUGCAAAAUCCUUUGAAGCAGUUGCAAUUCAAGUAAAUCUACAUUGAGGUUCCUGUCUUGAUACAAGCCAACAUAGAUUGUAGACCACAGAUUGUAGACCUUCAAACAAUUUACCAUUUUAGUUUAUCAAAUCCCUUUUGGAGAAAAUGACGGUAGCGCACAUGAGGGAGAGCCGCUAAAAAUAGCCAUGAUGAGUCUCCAUGUAAAAUUCUCUCCGUCUUUGAACUCACUGGUUUCUUAAAACUCAUUUGAAUUCUUUUAAUUUAAUUUUAGUUUUAAUUUCUUUUUUUUUCCCCUUUUCAUUGCAACCAAAAGAUUAAGUCUUCAGUAGCAGAAUGAGGGUCUGUGAGUGAUUUUGAAUUUAAGAUGUUGAGUUAUAGGUGAUAACUGUUUUCUUGGGGGUUUGAUCAUCAGGAAAAGGCCUCUCAAGCCAAUUUGUUUCUUUCACUGGCAUUUAAUGGGUGAAUUGUGUCUGAUACUUCACAUGCUCAUAGGGACACUUGUAAUUUGUUCUCCUGACAAUGAUAAGACACCUUCAGUGACUUGAUUUACAUAUUGGCCAAGAAUUGUUCAGUCAUUGGAAAGACCAGAGCUUUGCUUCCCUCAAAACGUAAUAAUUGAUACAUGUAAAAUACGUUUCAUCAAGUCCUAUCAGAGAUGCAUUAACAUAACAUAAUAACAUAACAUAAUAACAGAGUUGGAAGGGACCUUGGAGGUCUUCUAGUCCAACCCCCUGACGAGGCAGGAAACCUUACACCAUUUCAGAAAAAUGGCUAUCCAACAUUUUCUUAAAAAUUUCCAGUGUUGGAGCAUUUACAACUUCAUUGUAGUUGUAAUUGGAGCAUUAAAGUUAAAGAUUCCUGCCUCCCUUUCAACUUCAAAAUUUCAAAAAAAAAAAAGAAAGAAAGAAAGUAUAUUUGAGGACCAGAUGAACAGAAGCGGCAAGUUGUGUUUUAUUUCUGGGGAACAUCUAAAAACAAUUGCCACAAUUAUUACAAAUCAUUGAGACUCGGUAGUUAAAAAUAUAUCCGCCCAAAAAUGUAGGAAUGAACACCUAAUGCAAAUAUAAAGCUGCACUUUCAGAUUACCGCCCGGAUGUAAACCCAAUGAAUAGGAAGGAGCAUUGUAUUUCAAAAGGCCAUCCUGAUUUUUGAACCAAUAUUCAUUGACAAGGCAUCUUUAUAAAAUUACAAGAAUCGUCUUUAACCAUUUCCAAUCUAGAGAUACCCAGGACAGAUUUUUUUUUAUUUUAUUUACAUUUAUAUCCUGCUCUUCUCCGAAGACUCAGGGCGGCUUACAGUGUGUAAGGCAAUAGUCUCAUUCUAUUUGUGUAUUUACAAAGUCAACUUAUUGCCCCCCCAACAAUCUGGGUCCUCAUUUUACCUACCUUAUAAAGGAUGGAAGGCUGAGUCAACCUUGGGCCUGGUGGGGCUUGAACCUGCAGUAAUUGCAGACCGCUGUGUUUUAAUAACAGGCUUCUACAGCCUGAGCCACCACGGCCCUUGGUGAAGGGUAUGAAUGAAGGAUAAAAUCCCUCCGUUUCAAAUGUUUCAUAUCCCGUUCAGAUUCCAUAAAAACAAAAAGCAUUUUAACAUCCUGAGGGAAUCACGGAGCCAUUUUGAAGCCAUUGGCUUUUAUUUGGUCACUCAGAAGAAAUGCCAGAAGUUAGUUUUCUAAGGUGUUUGUCUUCUGAAAAGAUGUCCAAAUAAGUUAUAUCGUACUGCGUGACGAUGCUGUGGGUCCUAUUUUAACUUUUUUGUGUGAAGAUGAUCACAUGUGCUCCGGGGUGGGUUCUACUUACCUUUCUACCGGUUUGCAAACGGGGCCCCGCGCGCAUGCGCAGAAGCUUCCUGAUGACGUCCAUAUGAGUGCGGAGAGCCUCCUGCCGGUUUUACUACCGGUUCGUGCGAACUGGGGGCAACCUACCACUGAUGUGUUUGUUGAUCAGCCUUGAGAAGAGCAAAAUUAGGAGAUGGACGUUGUCUAAAUAAGACAGCGUUGUUCAAUUUUGGUAACUAAGACUUGUGGACUUCAACUCCCAGAAUUCUGGGAGUUGAAGUCCACAGAUCUUAAAAGUUACCAAAAGUUUGGACACCGCUGUGCUAAAAGCAAACUUGAGUUGCGAAGUGGCAGGAUAAACGUGUGUUCUCUCGUGUCCAGUUACCAGUCGAUUUGUUACACAAAGCCAUAGAUGCAACCACAAUAAAACCAAACACUAAAUAUGGAUUGCUACAGAUUUGAUUUGGGAGUAGGGGCUUACCAAUUCUUCGUCCAAACACGUUAAGUCUGAUUAAGAAUUAACUUUAGAAAAACCAGCCAAACCAUCGUUCCACACGAUACCUGUAUCAAACCAUCCCACUAAAGCCAUAGUUUACCCACAGAGGAUGACAAGAAUGCAGCAACUGUAUUUUGUAAUCUGAAUUUUAGGAUUGAGCGCAUUGAGUCCGUAAUAAGCUUUUUAAAAAUGCAGGUACAGAGACCAGGGAGAGCGGGGGAGGAAAUCACUUAUUAUGAGAGAUUGAGCACCUAGGCAAUUUAGCUGAAGUUAAAUUCACCGAACAUAAAGGUAAUUUCCUGCAGGGACACAAUUAAAGGGAUUAUGGUAUAUAUUUCUUUCCCUCCUGAGUGGACAGUGGUGUUUUUUGUAGGGAAUAGGUAAUUAAUCCGCAAAAUACUCCCUCAGGGUUACAGUCUCAAGUCCCCUUAUCAACAUCCUUCCACAAAAAAAAAAGGGAGCAAAGAAAUUAAAACCCAGCAGAACAAACCUUGGUAUAUAAACUGCUUGAAUAUAUACAAUUUGGCACCUGCUAUUCUUUCAGCCCUUUGGAUAAAUGUCUUGAGGAUAUGACAAUUCCCCUUUGAACUUGUUGUCGGAGUGAUGCUUGGUUGCCGCUUGUUAAAUAUAAAUAUAUAUAUAUAUAAUUAGAAUAAGCACAUAUUUCAGUUUAAUCUUCUCUACUCAAAAAUUAUUGCAAUUUGGUUUUGCUAAUAUGUGAAUUGCAGUAUUCAGGGGUAUCCCAUCUAAACUUUCAAAAAAUUUAAAUGCAACGUUAAUUGAGUUGCAUCCCGCCCCCCCACCCCACCCCCAAAAAAAUGCCAGAGGACUUAACUUAUGUUAUGUUAUGUUAAGAGUAGGGGUGUCCAACCUUGGCAAGUUUUAAGACUCGUGGAUUUCAGCGCCCAGAAUUCCUCAGACCAGCUAUGGAAUUCAGUUCUAGGAAUUGAAAUCCGCAAGUCUUAAAGGACUUCGAUUCCCAGAAUCCCGCCUCCCACCAGCCAGUCAUGCUGGCUGAGGAAUUCUGGGAGUUGAAGUCCGCAACUUGCCAAGGUUACACACCACCCUGGGUUAAGUAGUAAUCAUAUUUGAAAAGUUGAUGUCUGUUUUUAUUGACUUUUUCCUCCGUUCAGAUGGGUUAAUCAUAAGCACAGCAAAUUUUUGGAUCAUGUUGUUAGCCAGCCAAGGAAACGUAUUGGAAAGAUUCAUAAAAACCCUGCCAAUUUAUUACUAAAAAAAGAAAAUCUUCAGAAAGUCCGAAAAUAUACAAUUAAACAAAGGAGAUUCGUUGACAUGGGGAGAAAAACUAAUUCAAAAAUCAUCUGGAUCGGUUAUUUUUUUUAAGUGCUGUUUCUUAAAUAAUAAUACUAAAUGCACACGAAGUGUUAAAUAUGUAUAUACUGUAUUUCAAAAACUUAAAAUCCUACAAAAUGAACUGGGCACAAGAUUGUUAUACAAGUCGUGCUGGCUACUUUUUAGUUUGUAAGUGGUUUUUAAAAGCCUUUUUUAACGUGUAAUUUGCAUGUUCUACUUUGAUUGUAUGUAAACAUAUUUUAGAGCAAAAAUGUAUUUGUAUUUUAUUGAAUAUAGAGGCGAGACGGAAAAAAAAACUUGUACAUUUGUUUGAAAUGUUCUUUUUGUAACGGUUUUUAUUCAUGAAGCAUUUUUGUACAUUUAAAAAAAAACGGAUACGGACUUUGUUGUUAUUUGAAAGUUAGGUACAUCUGGCAUGCUGAAAUGUCAUGCUUUUUUCAUAAUUGUAGAUGUUGGUUUUUAAACAAUUUUUUUCUAAAAAGGAGCUCCAGUCUUCGCUACCAAAUCAGGUUAGCCCAGUAUAGAGCACUUAACUAUUAAAAGGAAGAUAAAAAAAAAGAAAAAAAAGAGAAAAAAAGUUAAUCCUAUUCAUAUGUUAUUCAUUGUGUGAAAUUAAAGGAAUUCAAAUCAG